CGUGCGUGUUCGCUGCUGCCGUCAAGCAGGGCGCCCGCAUGCCCCUCCGCCGUCAAGCGCGGCCGAGUGUCGCGCGCGGGUGCUGUGCGCCCGGGGGCCGCGGCGGCGGGCGGGCGACGGAGGGAUGCUGGGCGGCGGCGGCGGCGGAGGAGGAGGAGGAGGAGGGCAGGCUCCGGCUCCCGCUGCGGCUCCCCCGCCGCCGUCGGUCCCGGGCCCGGCGCCUCCCCCGCCGUCCUCGCCUUCGCCCUCGCUGCUGCUGCUGCACCCGCGGACGGGGCGCCUGGUGACGGUGACGCGGGGCGGCAGGACGGCGUCACGGUCGCAGCCGGGGCAGGAGUUCAACCACGGGCUGGUCCUCAGCAGGGAGCCCCUCGGCCCCGGAGCCCUCUUCACCGUCCGCAUCGACAGGAAGGUGAAUUCCUGGAGCGGAUCUAUUGAAAUUGGGGUGACGGCCUUAGACCCCAACCACCUUGACUUCCCCAGCAGUGCCACUGGGCUCAAGGGGGGCUCCUGGAUCAUUUCGGGCUGCUCGGUGCUGCGGGACGGCCGCUCCAUCUUGGAAGAGUAUGGCCAAGACUUGGACCAGUUGGGCGAAGGCGACCGGGUGGGCAUCCAGCGCACGGCCAACGGGGAGCUCCGCCUGUGGGUCAACGGUCAGGACUGUGGUGUGGCAGCCACGGGCAUCCCCUCCCGGGUCUGGGCGGUGGUGGACCUCUAUGGCAAGUGUACCCAGAUCACCGUGGUGCCCGACGACGCGGACGAGGCAGAAGAAGGGCUUGUCCAUGAAGAAGUCCUGGACUCGCCAUGCAACCAGAACCGACCAGAUAAGUUUCCCAACAGUCUGGAGUCAGAAAAUGGAUUCUCCAGCAUGGAGCUGUCCGAGGUGGUGAGUAAUGCCAUCUUGUCGGCCUACAAUGGGAGCUUGUUGAACGUCAACCUGGGCAGCCCGCCUUCUGACUCCACCCCCUGUGGAGCUCCACCCAUAACCUCUAACGAUGCGCUCCUCUUCCAUGAGAAGUGCGGCACCCUCAUCAAGCUCAGCAACAACAACAAGACCGCUGAGCGGAGGCGACCGCUGGACGAAUUCAACAACGGCGUCGUCAUGACCAACCGCCCCCUGAGGGACAAUGAGAUGUUUGAGAUCCGAAUUGACAAAUUGGUGGAUAAGUGGUCAGGAUCAAUUGAAAUUGGGGUCACUACGCAUAAUCCCAAUAACUUGGAGUACCCAGCCACCAUGACAAAUCUGCGCUCAGGAACCAUCAUGAUGAGUGGCUGUGGCAUCCUCACUAAUGGCAAAGGAACAAGAAGGGAAUACUGUGAGUUCAGUCUGGAUGAGCUGCAGGAGGGAGACCACAUUGGCUUGACCAGGAAGUCCAACAAUGCUCUUCACUUUUACAUCAAUGGUAUUGACCAAGGUGUGGCCACCGCCCUCACCCCACUAGUUGUCUACGGUGUUGUGGAUCUCUAUGGAAUGGCUGUCAAGGUCACCAUUGUCCACAACCACAACCACAGUGACCGCCUUCGACGCAACAAUGCUAUCAUGAGGGCCCUCUCUCCAGACGUGGGACGCCGUGCUAUUGAUGCUGUGGGGAAUGAGCCGGAGCCAGAACGUCUCCUAUUCCACCCAAAUUGUGGGCAAAAGGCUGCCAUCAUCAAUGAAGGACGCACUGCACUGCGGCCCCAUGCGACUGAUGAUUUCAAUCAUGGGGUAGUCCUGAGCAACCGGUCGCUCCGCAAUGGUGAGGUAUUCCAGGUGCGCAUUGACAAGAUGGUGGACAAAUGGGCCGGCUCCAUUGAGAUUGGUGUCACCACCCACAACCCGACAUACCUGCAGCUGCCUUCUACCAUGACCAACCUGCGGUCAGGCACGUGGAUGAUGACAGGAAAUGGGGUGAUGCACAACGGAACAACCAUCUUGGAUGAAUAUGGACACAACCUGGACCGCCUGAAAGCAGGUGACACUGUGGGUGUGGUGCGGAAGGAGGAUGGGACACUGCACUUUUUUGUCAACGGUGUGGCACAGGGACCGGCUGCCUGGAACGUCCCACCAAACAUCUACGCCGUCGUGGACCUGUAUGGCCAGGCGGCCCAAGCAACCAUAAUGGAUGACACAGACCUGCUUCCACUUCCUGAUGAUCUCUCGGAGGGGAACAAUCAGCUCUCCCCCAGCAGCCCUUCCUCCAUUGCCUCCGGGAGCGACCUGCGCUUCCACCACCUGCAUGGCAACAACGCUGUCAUAACAAAUGGCGGCCGCACAGCACUGCGCCAGAACUGCCGGAGUGAAUUCAAUGAUGCUAUCGUCAUUUCAAACCGGCCUCUCCGAGAUGGGGAGCUCUUUGAAAUAGUCAUUCAGAAGAUGGUGGACCGCUGGUCUGGCUCCAUUGAAGCAGGUGUAACUGCUAUCCGUCCAGAGGACCUUGAGUUCCCCAACACGAUGACGGAUAUUGAUUACGACACGUGGAUGCUGAGUGGCACAGCUAUCAUGCAAGACGGGAACACCAUGCGCAACAACUAUGGCUGUGACUUGGACUCACUGACCACGGGAUCACGCAUUGGCAUGAUGCGUACAGCCAAGGGUGACUUGCACUACUUCAUCAAUGGCGUUGACCAGGGGGUGGCCUGCUCAGGGUUGCCCCCAGGGAAAGAUGUGUAUGCUGUGGUUGAUCUAUAUGGCCAGUGCGUCCAGGUGUCCAUCACCAGUGCCACUGGACCCAUGGACAACAGCCUGUCUACCAGCAACAUCACAGAGAAGUCAUUCCCUAUUCACUCGCCAGUGCCUGGGGUCGCUCACCGCUUCCACAGCAGCUGUGGCAAGAAUGUGGCUUUCCAGGACGACGGCUGCAGGGCAAUGCGGGUGGCCAGUUACUGUCACGGCAUUGUCUUCAGUAUGAAGGAGUUGAAGACGGAUGAAAUCUUUGAGGUGAAAAUUGAUGAACUGGACGAGAAAUGGUCGGGAUCUGUCCAUGUGGGCCUGACCACCCUGCUACCCUUGGAUGCCCCUUAUACAGUCACGGGUCUGCCGGCUUCUGUCCUAGAGCUGCGUUCCAAGGUGACUUGGCUGGUGACGGGCUCUGAGGUGCGGCGGAACGGGAUCCUUCAGAAGCAGAAUUACGGCUGCUCACUGGAACGCCUCGGGGUUGGGAGUCGCGUGGGUGUGAAACGUUGCACUGAUGACACCAUGCACAUCUUGAUUGAUGGAGAAGACAUGGGGCCAGCGGCCACAGGCGUGGCCAAGAAUGUCUAUGUGGUUUUGGACCUCUACGGUCGGGUCACGUCCGUUUCCAUCGUCAGUUCCACUGUGUUGGAAGAGACAGAUGGCACUAAGCCCCCCUCGGUUACCUCAGAGCCCUACAGCGAGGAAGAGGAAGAGGAAGAGCCCACCCCGGGUGAAAACGAAACGCCCGCAGUGACCUCCGCCAUGGAGUUUCUUGAAAACCAUGGGAAGAACAUCCUCCUCUCCAAUGGCAACCUGACAGCCACCCGCGUCUCAAGCUACAACCAGGGCAUUGUGGUGGUGGCCCAGCCUCUCCCUCAGCAGCAGCUCUUUCAGUUCCAGAUAGAUUCUCUGAAUCAGCAGUGGACCUCCUCGCUCUCCCUGGGGGUCAUUGGCAGCAAUCCUGAGCGGCUCAAUUUCCCGGCCACAGCCUGCUCCCUCAAACGCUCCACGUGGCUGCUGCAGCGAGACUCGGUCUUCCACAACUCACUCAAGAUCUGUGAGAGCUACGGCCCCAACCUGGACACUUGUCCUGAGGGGACAGUGUUGGGUCUCCUUGUGGAUUCCAGCAACUGCCUCCACCUCUACGUCAACGGUAUGGACCAGGGAGUGGCCGCGCAAGACAUCCCCAGCCCCUGCUAUGUCCUCAUUGACCUCUACGGCCAAUGUGAACAGGUUACUAUCGUAACAAAUGACACCCCUGCGGUAAGGGCUGAGGGGACAGAUCCCCAUGGACAGGGGGACAUGGAAAAGGCUGACAUGGUGGAUGGUAUCAAGGAGAGUGUGUGUUGGACUCCCCCUGUGGACCUGAACACCACAAAGACCUGUGAAUAUCAUGCGCUCUGUGCUCGCUUCAAAGACCUCCUCCUACUCCCAGAUGAUUACUUUGCGGAAGAUCCCAAGUUCAGCCUCUGCUACUGUGAAUCCUGUCACAAGCUCCGAGGAGAUGAGGCCUAUUACAAGCGUGGAGAGCCACCCCGAGAUUACGCUUUGCCAUUUGGGUGGUGCCGCUUCAACCUCAGGGUCAAUCCCCGGCUGGAGGUAGCCAGUACCUGUAAGAAGUGGCACAUGGCCUAUCACGGAACGAGUGUGGGGGCUGUACGGCGCAUGUUGGAUCAAGGAGAGUUGGUGCCAGGAAGUACCUCUAUCUUGAGCUGCCGCCCAGUAAAGGCAGACCCACAGGGAGGCAGUGGAGGAGGCAGCGGUGGCAGUGGCGGCAGUGGGGGAUACCACGACUCUGAGGAGAACAGCUCGCAGGGCCGUGAGGAACUCCAGCGUGUCCUGCUGUCGCCCACUCUGCGCUACGCUGGGCUGGAGCCUUUUGCCACCAAAGUGCAAUUCAAAGACCCAAAGUCUCACCGGCAACACUCUGCCCAGGUGGCCUUCCAGGUGUGCGUCCGCCCGGGGUCUUACAAGGUGUGUGCCCAGUCGCUGACCGCAGCUGAGCCCUUGGACCCGCGGUUCAGUAGUGCUGAGAUCGAAUGGGUCACCAAGGAGAAAGGUGCCACAGUCUUGUAUGGCCUCCUUGUCCGGGUGGAGUGAAACCUCCUCCUCUUCCUCGUCAUCGGGAGAACGGGAUCGCUACCACCGACUGACCGUGCCACGACAAUGGAGGCAGGGAGAGGGGGACAGGUCUUGCCAAAAACUGAUCCCCCCUUGGCCCAAUGACCUACCCUCUUACGCACAGACUGGGUGGAGUCUGCAAAUCCGACAGGCUUCACACGAUGGGCACAAGAGAUUGGGGAGAGGCCUUGCUGGGGCGGGAGAUGGUGCCCCCACCCCACCCCAGGGCUGCUGUUUCCUCCUCUCCCCCCUUUUGCACAGAGACAAGACAAAGCUUGGGGGUGGAGGGGGGAGCAGUUGUGGAGUAUUGAGUUGAGCCUUUUAUUUAAAAGCAUGAAGGGUUGUUUUUUGGGGGGCAGGGAGCGGGUGGGACAGGGAUGGGGCAGCAGGAGAAUGGUGGGUUGUUUAGUUGCCACAAAAGGACUUCAUUGAAAUUUUUUGAUGUGAUGCGGGACAGGGAGGGUGGCUUUUCAGAUGGUCCCAGGGGCUUCAGUACUGACAAACCUGUCUUUCCUCACCUGUCCCCCCGCUCUCCAUCUCUUUAAAGGCCUUUCCAACCUGUAAGUUGUCCUUAUGUAUUGACUGGAGGAAUUUCUCUGGGUGGGAAAGAGAAGUAGGUAGAACUGCAUCCUCAGCAGGAUUAGACCUUUUAGAAGGAUAUGUGUUUUGUUGGCCUGGGCAGGCGAGGUCUACAGAGCGGCUGAUCCCACCACUUCUUCCUGGAGAUGGAAGAUUCUGAGUUAUUAUUGGGGAUGGUGGGGUGGGGAUCUUGGCUUCUUAGUCCACGUGGGUGUUUUUAGCCUGUUUGUGUUGGCGUUGUUCUCAAUGGAAGUUCCCUCAAUCUCUCCAGACCCCAACCCGGUUCCCUCUGCCGAGAAAGCCUUGGACAAUCAAGGUGGGGAGGGAAGGAAGGGGAAAGGGGAUACGGUGCGCUUGCUUGUGUUUUAAUUAACGCAGCCGGUUUAACCCAUUUGGAAGGUUUGAAGCGGGCAGAUGAAUUCACAUCAACUGCAAAUGGACUCAAAAUAGGUGCCACUGUGUAGCUGUGCCCACCUAACAUCCAGACACUAGAUAAUCACCCCAAUCCCAGGUCCCUUCCCCUCCAAGAAUAAGACAAGCACACCUCAGCCAUUCAAUAUUUUCAGUUCGUUUUCUUUCUUUUCCCCUUACGUUUGGACAGAUGCCUCCACCUGUCCCCUUUCUUGGUAUAUGAUUUAUUGUUCUCCCCUCCCUUCCCUUAUUUAUUUAUACCUGUGUUGGUUGUCAAACAAACAAAAAUGUGAAUUGUUAAAGGGGGGGAAAGGGUAUAAUGCCACCCUUCUUCGCCUUUGAUUUAUAUUAUAUUUUAAAUGGUAUUUAUGCUGCUUUUUUCACUUUAUGUAUUGGAAAAUGACAUGCAUUAAUUUUUGUACAUCUGUCUCAAGUUGAAGAGGUUUUUUUGUUUUUGUUUUGGACAAACAUUAAAAGGUUGUACAGCGCGUCGUCCCCCCCCCCACCUUGCAAGGGUUUAUAAACCAUAAUUCAACUGG